UGAUUGGGCAAUCCCCAUAGCCUGAGAGGGAUUCCAAGGCUUCUGAUUGGCUACGUCGCACCCUCUUCCUCCUCCCGAGGAGGUGCCGGAGCAGCGUUGCUUGGGGCUUCUUUCUCUCUGCCGCUCCUUCUAAGCUGAGUCGGUUCCUCGAGCAAAGAUGUGGCUCUUCAUCGCAGUGACAGUCUUGGUCCAAGGUCUUGUAACUCCAGAAGAACUUCUGGACAGGAGAAAUGCGGAUCCAGAAACAGCUAUGAAUAUUAGUGAAAUUAUUACCUUCAAUGGAUAUCCUAAUGAGGAAUAUGAAGUGGUGACAGAUGAUGGGUAUAUUCUCAUUACCAACAGAAUCCCUCAUGGGAAAAUGAGUCCUCCAACCAAAGAUCCCAAGCCGGCCAUCUUUCUGCAGCAUGGUUUACUUGCUGAUGGUAGCAACUGGGUGACAAACUUGGACUACAACAGCCUGGGAUUUAUGCUCGCUGAUGCUGGCUAUGAUGUUUGGCUGGGGAACAGCAGAGGAAACACUUGGUCUAGGAAACACGUAAACUACACAGCAAGUGAAGCAGAGUUCUGGAUGUUCAGUUAUGAUGAAAUGGCUAAAUAUGACCUUCCAGCUACAAUCAACUUUAUCCUGAAUAAAACUGGGCAGGAGCAAAUAUUUUAUGUUGGCCAUUCCCAGGGCACCACAAUGGCUUUCAUUGCAUUUUCAACAAUGCCACAGGUAGCCAAAAGGAUAAAAAUGUUCUUUGCACUUGCUCCAGUCGCCACAGUGAAGUUUUCGUCCAGUCCGUUGGCCAAGCUUGGUAUGCUUCCAGAACUGCUGUUCAAAGAAAUAUUUGGAAGCAAGCAGUUUUUCCCCCAGAACUCAAUUAUGAGAUGGCUUGCAACCCACUUUUGUGACCGUUUCUUACUGGAUGACCUUUGUGGCAACAUUUUUUUUCUGUUGUGUGGGUUUAAUGAGAAAAACCUAAACAUGACUCGAGUAGAUGUAUACUCAACACACUGUCCCGCUGGAACAUCUGUCCAGAAUAUGAUUCACUGGAGUCAGGCUGUGAAGUCUGGGCAGCUCAAAGCUUUUGACUGGGGAAGCGAGGAAAAAAACAUGGCUCAUUACAACCAGCCAACACCACCUUUCUACAAAGUGAAAGACAUGACUGUUCCCACAGCCGUUUGGACUGGUGGCCACGACUGGCUGGCAGACUCAAAGGACAUAGCCCUCUUGUUGACUCAGGUCCCAAACUUAGUAUACCACAAGAAUAUCCCUGAAUGGGAACAUCUGGAUUUCAUCUGGGGCCUUGACGCCCCUCAGCGCAUGUAUAAAGAGAUCAUUCAGUUGAUGCAGAAAUAUAAGUGACGUGGGAAAAUGUAGAGCUGUGUGGUCCUGAAAUAUUUCUUCAGGAAACCAGCAUGGUCUAAUGCAGUGGUUCUCAACCUGUGGGUCUCCAGAUGUUUUGGCCAACAACUCCCAGAAAUCCCAGCUGUAAUGAUUUUUGGGAGUUGAAGGCCAAACAUCUGGGGACCCACAGGUUGAGAAUCACUGGUCGAAUGCUUCUUUUUAACGUAUACUUCUUGCACACCUACAGUGUUAUGCAUCUGUCUAUAUGCAAUCUAGCAAUACCUCAGGAAGUGGGAUUUUUGCACUGUUGUCAUGCCUGUAAACCCACAUAGCUUUAAUAGAGGGUAACUCAGUCAAUCUAUCUCCACACAACCACUAAUCUCACACAGUUAGGAGACUACAAAGUAAAACUGACAGAAUUCUGACGGGAAGACAGAGGUGGAGGAAAGGAAGAAUUUAUUAAAGCCCUGCCAACAUAGCUCUUGUCAAAACCAUGGCUAGUUGUUGUUUUUCCCUUUAGGACUAUUUGAGUUUAGGACUAUUUGGCAUUUGGGAAAGUACUUUGAAGCACAUUCUUUGACCUACUCAGGAAAGGACUUUUAGCAAGUGCUUCCAGUACAAAUCAAGCCCACUUUCAUUUGUUGUAGAACUGGUAUGUUGUGUUACAUUUUUGAAAAUAUUUUUUUGUGCGUGAUUAGGUGUUAAUCCCAUAAAAUACAGGGAAUAUGUGUCCUUCCAGAUAUUGCUGGAAUGCAGUUCCCAUCAGCCCUAGCCACUAAUAGCCAAGAGAAGAUUGAGAUGUGGAGGUACACAGACAUAGAAUGUGUAACAUUUUACUGCUGAAGAACAGAUAUAUUGGGGUGGGAACCAUGCAGACUAGGGGCAGGUCCUAUAGAGCCCCCCACCCAACACAUCCAACAUCCGGAAUAAAAUUAGUUUUUAAAAAUCACAAUAUUUGGCCGAUGAACACCUCUAGACAACAUGGUUUUACAUUUAAACUAUUUUAUACUUCCUGCUUCCGAACAAGUAAACGUUUUCCACAAAAAGGAAUGGAAGUGAUUGUAAUUUGACUUCUGGAGGACUAAAUGGUAUGUGCAGCCUCUGAAGAAUCAGAAAGAGUCCAAAAUGGCCCUGUGACCCACAAUCAGUGUUAGUGAGACAUCAAAAUUCUAGCUUUGGGAGCAAAUGGCUAUGUUACUCUUCCAAUGUUUCUUAGAACUUCUAAAGAUGGUGACUGCUGUUUCAAGAGCGACAACCUGAGUAAUUUACAAGCUAAGAAGCUUUACUUUUAGCAACUUUUACUUUGCACUCUUCAACGUGUAUCUGUUUCUCUACUGAUGAACUGCACUGCAAGGCAUAGAUUGGCUGGCGACUACCAAAGAUGUGGUGUUCUGUGCUCUUUGAUGUUCUUUUAUCUGCACUGCAAUUAAAUUAACUACUGGAAAUAGGGAGUUGACCCUGUUAAAAUAUUUGAUAGCAAUCUCUGAAUAAAUGUUUUUUUAUAA